AUGACAAAUAGAAUAAAAUCAAGUAAUACACUUUUAACAUUUGAUGCAAAUGAAGUAACCAAUAUUAAAUUAGUUUGGGAUAUUGAAGAAUUAAAGAAUAAAGAUAAUAAAGAAAAUAAAGACAAAGAAAAUAAAGCACAUAUAAAAGAUGAAGGUGAAGAAGAAGAACAAAAAGAAAAAAAAGAAGAGGAAGAGAAAGAAGAUGAUGGUGGACCAAUAUCAUUUCAUCCAACAUAUUCUCAUCAAAUAUUUAAUGAAGAUAAAAUUCAAGGAUAUGAACCUUGUAAAAUUGAUAUCUAUAUGGGAGCAGGUUCUUUAACAUCAUAUAUUGAUACAAAUUAUACAUUACAAUCUAAAAAUUUAACAAAUGUUGAAGGUGAAUUUUUAAAAGUUUUUUCAAAACAAGAUCCACCAAUUUCAAAACAAUCAUUUUAUAAAUAUAUAGAAGAAAAAGAAAAAUUAUUUAAACCAAUUGGUAAAAAAAUACAUGAAUAUUCAAUUAUAGAUAAAGAAAGUGGUAAAGAAACAGAGUAUGAAAUUUAUUUUGGUAGGAUAACAGAUCAAGUCGUUUUUAGAUAUCAUGAGAAACUUCAAAUAUUUGUAUUAUGGUAUAUAGAUGGUUCCUCCUAUAUUUGGACUGAUGAUCCAAAUUGGGAUAUAUUUUUCAUUUUUGAAAAGAGAAUUAUAGAUGGUGAAAAAAGAUAUGGUAUCACAGGUUAUUCAACAAUUUAUAAUUUUUAUCAUCAUCCUGAACAAACUAGAGCUAGAAUUAGUCAAUAUUUAAUUUUACCACCUUAUCAAAGAAUGGGUCAUGGAAAAUAUUUAUUUAAUUCAAUUUAUCAAUAUUAUAAAACAAAUGAUGGAUUUUAUGGACCAAUUUAUGAUAUUACAAUUGAAGAUCCAGCUGAUGAAUUUAAUUUAUUAAGAAAUUAUGUUGAUUUAAAGAAUAUAAUGGAUGAAAAAUUAUUUGAUAAUGUAAUAUUAGAUUUAAAUGCAAAUAAUAAAUCUGUAUUUGAAGAAAUUAGAAAGAAAUUAUUAAUUCCAUAUAAACAAUCAAAACUUUGUUUAGAAAUUUAUUUAUUUAGUAAAUUUUUAGGAACACCAAAUUCAGAUACAAAAUAUAAAGAAUAUAGAAUUUCAAUUAAAAAAAGACUUUAUAAACAAAAUAUUGGUGAUUCAGAACAAAUUGAAAAGAUUAAACAACAAGUGGCUGAAGAGAAUCAAGAGAAUUUACGUCUUGAACAAGAGGAAUUACAAGAGUUACAAGAUAUUGAAAAUAAAAAAAAUGGUACAAAUAUUAAAGUCGAUAUCAAGCCUAAAGAAUUGACAACACCUCCAGGACCUGAAAAAAAUAAAGAAGAGAUUGAAAAAGAUAGAUUAGAAGAAAUACUUGAACUCUAUAAAGAAUUGGAAAAGAAUUAUCAUAAAACUUUAUCAUCUUUAAAUUUAAUUUCAAAAUAA